UAUGGUUAAUAUUAUUUUAUGUUUUUGUAAUAUGUUUGAAUUUUAUACGUUGCCGUUGGCUUGUGGUUUGGCGAAGUAAACAAAUAAUAAAAACGUAUUAAGAAAAAGAGAAGUUUUAAUUGUUCACCUGUAAUAUAAGUUAAUAAAAUGAGUGAACAAGUAGAAGCCUAUAUCAAGAAUGAGACUAUGAAUAAUUCUGUGGUAACUUUUAAUAAUUUUAGGAUUCUCAAAGAAUUCAGCAAUAUAGCAAACCUCGUCAGAACAGAGGAGUUCCUGGAAACAGUUUCUAAACUAAGAGGUGUGAAAUGGGUCCAAUUGUUUAACUGCUUAAAGGAAGAUAUUCUGAGUGAAAUGGAGCAGGAAAUCAGUUCUAUGUGGGAAUUUGAAAAUAUGCCUGAGAAACUUGAUAUCUUAGAGAAGCAGAAGGAAAAAUAUGCAGAGAUCAAUCCUAUUAAAACUGUGUGGAGACCACAGCAUAAUGAUGUGAAAGGUCAACUUAGAGCUUUUGAUGUAGCAAAUCUACGAAAGCAAAAGGCAUUACUAGUAUCUUUGGUGCAGGAAAAUGAAUCAAAAGUGAAUAGACUUAAAAAAAUAGUAGCAGCAAAAAGAGGAUACUUGAAAGCAUUACAAAUGGAUAUUCAAAAAUAUCAAAAGAAGAAUGAGCAAAUAAUAUCAAAAAUACAUGAAAAAAUUGUAAACCAUGGGAAUUUAGUAGAAUAUAUGGCGCCAAAUAUGGAUAUUGAUGUGAAUGACAUAAAUCGUUCACCGGAUUCAGAGGUGGAUGAAUAAAGUGAUAAGAUAAUACAAUGAAGUAUUGAGUAAAAUUUAUAUUUCAGAAAUUGUACACAGAAUCUGAGAAAGUACAACAAAAAGUUAUGUCUAAGAUUUCAAAUCAAUUAACUCUGAAACUAUCUUUACAGCAUAGAAGAAAAAAGAGAAGAAUUUAUUAAUAUGUAAUAUAGAGUUACAAAUAGAAAAUUCACAAAAUCUAUCUCGCAACAUAUUAUGAUUUAGCUAAUAGCAUAACAAUUUAUGAGUGCUGCCGCAUACUGAGCUACUAGUGGUGAACGCUAAAACAGAUCACUAGUGGUUAAGUCAUCACCCGCAACCACCAGUCACAGCCACUAGUGGCGAGAAUCCAUCGCCCUUUUCCACAGUAUUUGAUAAGCGUCAGAUAUUUGUUUGUGUAAAAUGGAAACACUUGAUUUUACGCAUUAUGUCAAUGAAAAUUCGGUUCGAUGCUUGUAGCAAGAUUGGACGGGUGAGCAGAGGGGAGAAGCGAGCACUGACCACUUCUGCAGCAUGUGGUUCAGACGCGGCUACUCAAACACUUAAUAAGCCCCGAUGCCAUACAAAGUGGAUCAAAAAUGUCGUCCACAACUUGUGGCGGCCUCUAGUCGUCGCCACCAGUGGUUCAGUCUGCAGCAGCACUAAGAGCAGACAAGAUUCUAAAUUUGGAAAAGCAAUGUGGAGUCUAAACUACAAACUGUGAAAAUAUGCUUUUAAAAUGAGACAUACAGGAGAUAUUAGCAAACCAGUAAUCUUAACAGAAACAAUAAUUAUAUUUAUAUCAUAAGAAAUUACAAUACUUUGUAUAUACCUCCGAGAAAAUGAAACAAAAAAAAAUAAACUUCUUACUUUAAAUAGUAAUAUUUAUUAAUGCAUAUUAUUUGACAUUGUUAACAUAGCUAAAAAAUAAAAUUGUACAAUGCAAAACCUGCAUAUAAUUUUUAAUAUUUCAUAUAUUUAUAAUAUAGCAAUUGCACUAUUGUUGCGAGGACUACACUGCUUCUACCACCUUUAGUAAUCAAUUCAUUUUGAGGCUUAAUAUAUACUUGUGAAGUCAAAGCCUCAGUGGGGCGAUUGUGCCAAUCUGCCAAAUAAUUUGGAAACAUCUACUUAAUGAUUAAGAGUAAUACUGUGUGCAAAAUAACAUUAAUUUCACUGGGCGUCAGCUCACUCUCUUAGCUUAGUGGGAAUUGCAAUGGAGU